UGCAAAGCACGCUGGGAAACGCGCUAGGUCACGCCACCGGUGCUGUCUCGCAGUUGUUAAGAUUCGAAAGUAAGAAUAGUGCUACUGUAACUUUCGAGGUGCAAAACAGACUACAAAGUACAAUUUUAGGGAUAAUGGAUGACUAUAUUAGGUACAUUGGUGGUGUAGUAGGUAUAGCUGCAGUUACAGGAGCAGCGGCCAUUACCUCUAGCUUCUUGUUUUCCUCAAAAUCUCGACCAUUACUACCACCAGUAGACCCAAACAACCAAUCUGAAGAAGAGCUGGGAGAGGAUUGUGUCAGGAGGUCACGUCUAUGUCCUAAUGGAGAGUGGAUUAGUUGUAUACACAAAGAUGUCAAAACUCUGUACGAUAUCCUCUAUCGAGGAUUUAAAGUAUCAGAUAAUGGACUUUGUAUGGGAUGGAGAAAGAGCAGAGAAGAGGGAUACAGGUGGACCAACUACAGUGAGGCAAUACAGAGAUGUAGAAGGCUUGCUUCAGGACUUGUACAUUUUGGUGUAAAGCCUGGUCCCUCGACUUGUAUUGGUAUAUAUGCACAGAAUUCUGUUGAGUGGGUUCUGUGUGAACAAGCUUGCUACCACCAGUCCAUGGUGAUUAUACCUCUCUACGAUACUUUAGGAUUAUAUGCUUGUACUUUCAUCAUCAAUCAAGCCGAGAUAAAUACUAUCAUCUGUGACACAGAAGAAAAGGUCAUCACAUUAUUAAAUGAAUCUUCCAAAACUACUACAUUAAAACAGAUAGUAGUCUUUCACCCUGUGUCUGAGGAUACCAAAACAAAAGCUAAAAACUCUGGUAUUCGGCUCUUACUGUUGAAAGAUGUGGAGGAAGCUGGCAAGGCCAAUCCAAUUGAAUCAAAUCCUCCCAAGCCAACUGAUUUGGCAGUUGUAUGUUAUACCAGUGGAACUACUGGAAAUCCAAAGGGUGUGAUGCUAACCCAUGGCCAAAUCAUAGCGAAUGUGUCGGCUGUUAUGCACCAGUUGGGGGAACAAGCACCAAACUCCAGUGACAUAAUGCUUUCUUUUCUUCCUCUGGCUCACAUGUUUGAGAGAUGUUGUGAGAUUGGAAUUUUCAUUGGUGGAGGAAGAAUUGGUUUCUACAUGGGGGACAUCAGGAAGCUUCCGGACGAUAUGGAGGCAUUAAAACCAACAGUUUUGCCAGUUGUGCCUCGACUUCUUAACAGGAUUUAUGACAAGGUUCAGUCCAGUACAAAUGGCAGCAGGUUGAGGCGAUGGCUGCUGAACUUGGCAAUUAGUAGAAAACAAGCAGAGAUAAACAGGCACAUUCUCAGACACAACAGUAUAUGGGACCAUAUAGUGUUUCGUCAGAUCAGGAACGGUCUUGGUGGACAAGUCCGAUUAAUGGUUAUUGGAUCAGCCCCAGUUGAUGCUAAUGUACUUAGUUUUAUGCGCUGUGCUCUAGGCUGUUUGAUAAUAGAAGGGUAUGGACAGACUGAAUGUGUGGCUCCUUGUACUCUUACUCUGAAUGGAGAUGCAGUUGCAGGUCAUGUUGGUCCACCCUUACCUUGCUGUUCCAUUAAACUUGUUGAUGUACCAGAGAUGGAGUAUUUUGCAGCUGACGGUUAUGGAGAGGUGUGUGUGAAAGGUUUAAGUGUUUGUAGUGGAUACUUGAAAGACCAAGAAAAGACUGACGAAAUCAUUGAUAGAGAUGGAUGGUUACACACUGGAGAUAUAGGAAUGUGGCUGCCU